CGACGGUGUCUGGAGAGAGACUCGGCGCGUGCUGCUAACGCUAGCCUCUCGGCUUGGAAGCCGCUAGAAGAACUGCCGCUGUCCGCUUUUUCUUGGUGGUCCGCCCAGACCUACUCCCGCCUGAAGAUGGCAGACGAUCUUGGAGACGAGUGGUGGGAGAACCAGCCUUCCGGAGCAGCCAGCAGUCCAGAAGCAUCAGAUGGUGAAGGAGGAGGAGACACAGAAAUGAUGCAGCAGGAGACAGCUCCAGUUCCUGCCCUGUCAGAGAAAACCAAACAGCCUAAAGAAUGUUUCUUGAUAAAACCAAAGGAAACAAAAGAAGGUGCCACCAAGAGAAGGAAGAGAAGAAAGAAGAAAAUUACUGAUGUUCUUGCAAAAUCAGAGCCAAAACCAGGGACACCCGAAGACCUACAGAAGCUGAUGAAGGACUAUUACAGCAACAGUCGCUCAGUGAUUGAGUUAGAGGAACUAAAUCUACCAGACUCCUGUUUCCUCAAGGCCAAUGAUUUGACUCAUAGUCUUUCAUCAUACCUUAAAGAAAUCUGCCCUAAGUGGGUAAAACUUCGGAAAAACCAUAAUGAGAAGAAAUCAGUCCUGAUGCUGAUCAUCUGCAGCUCUGCCCUCCGGGCCCUGGAGCUUAUUAGGUCGAUGACAGCAUUCAGAGGAGACAGCAAAGUUAUGAAAUUAUUUGCAAAACACAUAAAGGUCCAGGAACAGGUAAAGUUGCUGGAGAAGCGUGUUGUGCACCUGGGUGUAGGAACCCCAGGGAGGAUUAAAGAACUCAUUAAACAAGGUGGCCUUAAUUUGAACCCCUUAAAGUUUCUGGUUUUUGACUGGAACUGGAGAGAUCAGAAUUUGAGGAGGAUGAUGGACAUUCCCGAGAUAAGAAAGGAGGUUUUUGAACUUCUGGAAAUGGGAGUCCUCAGUCUGUGCAAGUCAGAAUCUUUGAAGCUGGGCCUUUUCUAAGUCUGAGUCCUAAUGAAAAUUCCAGUUUUUAUGGGAUUUGCAUCUUGUUUAAUAGCUCUGGAAUAUUGCAAGCACUCAGUAAAUAUCAGCUAUUGUUUUAUUAUGUUAACUGUAUCACCAGAUGAAUCACUAGAAAUUUUUGAUGGAGAUUCUUUGACAAAACUGAAGCUGUCCUUUGCCAACUUCUCUUUGUAAUAAAGUAUCACCAGCUUGUGUGUGA